CACAUAGGCUACUCUCCUCUCUCUCUCUUCUCGCCACUUCAAAUCUCUACUUUAAAGUGGACUCGAGACAAGAGUUGUUGUUCUUUCCGCCUGGUGGUGCCACGCGCCGAGCAUCGUCAUCAUCACCAUGCCUCGAGGAUUCUUGGUUAAGAGAAACCGGCGAUGUUCAGCGUCACACCGGUCAAGAAAUAACAGGAAUAACAAAUCUGUAACAUAUUACGCUGAAGUGACAAAACCGGAGGCAGUCAAGGAGAACGAUGUGUUAAAUGUUGCUCCGUUUGAACGGGCAGAUGGACUUCUCCCGGUGUCCCGUGAAGACUCCGCCGGUGUCAGAGAAGCGUGGAGCCCUCACGUGGAGUCCGCCCUGGAGGCCGAGGCGGACCGGCGCGCGCAGUUACCGGAGACCGAGCAGCAGGUGAGCGAGGUGGACGUUUUGACUCCCGAUAGUGAUUUCUCCUGCUUCUUCCCAGCUCCUCCUCUACCCCCACGCGACCUGCCAUUAACAGAGUCUUGCAGCCCAUUUAAACCGGUCGGCACGAGACUACAGGAACACCAAGAGGAAGGAGAUAAGUUGUUCCCCGGGAAGUGCCUAACAUCCCCCCCGGUGUCGGAGUUACCGAAGCUGCCGUUCCUGGUGAGCUCCACGCCAACCUCUGUGUCCGCUUCUAUCGAGAGGCUCCUCGCGAGCAGCAGCCGCCACGCACCGUCCUACGGUCACAAUGACAAAUAUGAGCCGAAUAUUGGCCAUGUUCACUUGUUCCCGCCACUGACACUGAUGCAGGAGCAGCAUCACGCAGCGAGGAAACGCUCGUUCAUUGAACAGGAUCAACGCUUGAACGGCAACAGACACAACAAACACUCAAUGGGCAACCCGUCAAAGAAACCCAAAGUGAACCGAAAACUCAACUUCGAGGAUGAGGUCACGACCUCGCCGGUUUUGGGGCUGCGGAUCAAGAAGGAGAGUCCCGAGCUGAGGAGGCAGCGGGAGAAGUCGUCUGCUCUCAACGGGAAUCAGCCGCUGGGAGAGUUCAUCUGCCAACUUUGUAAAGAGGAGUACCCCGACCCUUUCUCCCUCGCGCAGCACAAGUGCUCCCGUAUAGUGCGCGUGGAGUACCGGUGUCCCGAGUGCGAGAAAGUCUUCAGCUGUCCCGCCAACUUGGCAUCCCACCGCCGUUGGCACAAACCUCGUCCGGUAAACAACUUAGGAGCAGAGACUCAGACAAACAAGAGCCAGCUGUUAAAAGAAGCACGAGGGCUUGUUCAGCCGGUAGAGUUGGAGGGCAAAGAGAACGAGCUGCUGCGCGUGAAUGCCAACCAGCACCACGAAGCACGGGACAGUUCCCGCAUUAGGCGCGAGCCGUCUCUGCUGCUGCUCCACGGUCGGUCUCGGGACAGCCCCGACAGUGACAACCUCGCGCCUCCUCACUAUGAUUCCUCGCUUCAUUACCGGAACCCGGUUGAAGGCUGUCAGGACAUGCAGCAGCAGGUGAGAGCGGCAGACAGCCCGCCCUCGAGCCUCCUUCUACUGAACUGCAACCCAGAGGAGAGCGUGGACCUGCAACAGCAGCCGUCACUUUCGCAUCCUCCUUUACAGUUUGUCCAGUCCUUACCGGAGGAGGAAGUGUACGAGUGCCGGUUCUGCGGAAAGAAAUUCCGCCGACAGGCCUACCUAAAGAAACACCUGGCCGCGCACGAGAUGGCAGCGCGAGGUUCUCCGCCCCCUUCAUCUUAUGGCCAGGCGCGCGAGACCAGUGGACAGAGCCAGGUGUUUCUGUGUCACCUGUGCGGCGCGCGCUUCCCGUCGGUUGAAAUCAGGGACAAGCACCGUCUGUGGCACGCGAUGAGGGACGAGUUAAUGGCGGGAACAUUGGGAGGCGGACUCAGACCAGACGUGUUCCACACGCAAGGAGAGGAGAGCAACACAAGGGAAUGCGAGCAGCAGCAGAUCUUCCCGUGCAAGCACUGUCCGUCCACAUUCUUCAGCUCCCCGGGGCUCGCGAGACACAUCAACAAAUCUCAUCCCACAGAGAACCGGCAUGUGAUGCUGCUGCAGAUGACCGUGCGACCGUAAAACGCGCGCGAGAUAUACAGUCACACUCAAACAAGCCAACAGAUUGUUCAAAAGAAAAUUAUUAGUCAUUGUUUGUUACCACGGAGAACCUUUUAACUGUUGUAAAUUGUAUAUUGUGACUGAGGCCUGUUUUCUCAGCUGUAGUCAAAAAGCAAAAUGUUAUACGGUUGAGUCACUAUAUGCCUUUUGUGUAAGGUCAGUAAGCAUCUUUAACUUCUAAAUUGUUUUAAAAAAAAGUCCACUUAUGAUAUAUUGACACCAGAACGAUGCAAACAUUGUCCAUAGUCAUGAUGAACUGAUGAAGUCAAGAGCAAAUGUUAACAAAACUUUGCUGUUUUGCUGACCCUGGAUACUUGUAGCCUGCAGUAUAUAACGCUGUCAGUAAAAAGGGAACUGUCCACGGUGCUGAAACUAAAUAACGACCUACUGAAACCACAACCCCUGCCAGGCUACUUACACCAUGUCUCCAAAAACACACUUCUGUAUUCUUCCACAGGUUAUUCAGUCUUUAUAACAAGCAGGAUUCUAAUACUACCACAAUUAGUGAAACUAUCUAGCUUUUUUUUUAGGGACAAUAUCAUUCAUUGGACAGGUGACAAAUCUAACAUGAUUUCUUAAACUAACAGCAAGAUUAUUAAAAUGACAUGUUUUUUUAAACCGGAUGCAAAUUAAAGUGACCCUAAAUCCCAAGGGUUAUUUAUCCUACGUAAGUACUUAGAGCAAAACACAUUAUCUCUCAACAUUAAAUUGUUGUAAUAAGGUAGUAUUACAAUCAUAAGUCAGACAGCGUUUGUCUUUCUUUCAACUCUCAUUUCGAGAUCUCACAUUAUGCCCAGCACUCUGUAAAUUAUUUGACAUUUAAUAACAGCAACUGUUGUGGUUAGUGAAAACUGGAGAGACUGGAACAGACUGGUUUGACAGAAAGUACAUUUUGAUUAUGACUAAUUAGAGCAAGAGGGGGUUAUUUUACACAGAAUAUACUGAAGCAAUGAUUGACACAAGUCUCUCUACGUGGCAGACAUUUAGACUCAUGGUCAACAUACUUCUAAAAGGUAAAGUAAUCCGAUUAUACUGAAGCUCAGGAGGAGUCUACUGUGUUACAUUGAGAAAGUGACCUUCCUUACCCCAAGAACUGGAGACUGAAUCAAUGUCCUAACUCUAUUUCAAAGACUAUUUCAUGUACAGUAAACAAUAAAAAAA